AUGCAAGUUGUCAAGUCCGUUUUUCACACAAUCCAUGCGUCGCAGCUCCGGUUUCUGCGUGCCUUUGUCCGUCGCCUAACCGACCGAGCCCCGAGUAAACACCUAUCACCACGCUGCCUGUUUCUCCCCGCCAUCAGUGGAACGCGGUCGCCGGCGCUUGAAUGCGACUACAACCUCCACAAGUCCAACUCGACGUACUUUACCGACAUGGACAUGUCGAGAGGCAACUUCAGCCUUGUUCUCUUCAGCAAGCCGUUCAACCCCAUGCCCGGCCCCAGGCACUUUACCAUGAUAUUGGGAGGCACCACGUGUACGUGGCGCAGGGAGAUCAAGCCGUACCAGGCAUACGAGCUGUGGACCCGAAUCAUCUCGUGGGACGACAAGUGGCUCUACGUCGUCACCCACUUUGUACGCGCCAACAAAUUUAAGCCCUCCGAGUAUGUGAUGCAGCCCGGGAAAGGGGGGCACUCGCAGAAAAGCCAAGUUGCGGAGAAAAAGAGUGAUGAGCAAGAGGAUGCCGAGGAAAAGUUGAAGGCGGUUUUUGCAUCCUCGGUAGCCCGGUACGUGUUCAAGAACAACCGGAGGACCAUACGACCAGAGGAGGUACUGGCUAUUGUCGGGCUGUUGCCGACGAACGAAGCAGAGCUGGUUGAAAUCGAGGCAUCAAGAGCCAAAGCACUGCCAAUCGGAAGACUGGAGGCUGGAUGGGAUGCAGUUCAUUUGUCCUUCGAGCCCGGAGCAGCAGCGCUGGGCUGGUACAACAGUGCUUAUUAA